AUGGCAGGACCCUCAGAAGAGCAAUUAUUUGCCAUCUCCGUCACAGAACGUACCUGCUCCGCAAUAUCCAUAACAGGAACAUUUGUCAUAGUCGCUACAUUCAUCGGGUCGCGCGCUUUCCGGAAACCUAUCAAUCGUCUCGUCUUUUAUGCUUCAUGGGGAAAUCUCAUGGCUAACAUUGCGACCUUGAUAUCACAAGAUGGAAUUCAUGCUGGUUUGGGGAGUCAUUUGUGUCAGAUCCAGGCUUUUUUGAUUCAAUGGUUCAUGCCCGCAGACGCCCUUUGGACAUUCGCCAUGGCUUGCAACGUCUACCUCACAUUCUUCCACAAAUACGACUCCGAACAAUUACGGCAAAUAGAGUGGAAAUAUCUCCUCUUCUGCUACGGGUUGCCGCUAAUUCCGGCUUUUGUAUACUUCUUCAUUAAAACAGAAGCACUUGGUCGGGUAUAUGGCUCCGCUAUCCUAUGGUGCUGGGUCUCAACACAAUGGGACUGGCUCCGAAUAGCCACCUUCUACGGCCCCGUCUGGCUAGUUAUAAUGCUCACAUUCGCAAUCUACAUCCGCGCCGGCUCAGUAAUAUACCAAAAAAGGCGCCAAUUUCGACAUCUCGGGAACUCGGACUCUCUUGACUCGGAAACACAGGCCGAUUCUUCACCACUUGUCAAAGCUAAACUUUCUGCUUUCCAGCCUAUUCAGGGUAUACAUGGUAUACAGGUCACUAGUGAAAUUGCCUAUUCGGUCCCCGAUGAGCGUCCUUCUUUGACGGAGGCUAACGCGAACGCGAACGCGAACACGAACGCGCACGCGCACACGCACACGCACACGCACACGAAGGCUCUUCAUUUGCAUUCGUAUUCGCAUUCACAUUCGAAUCCACGAAGUUACAAUGUUACUUCUAAUUAUAGCCCCGAGUACUCGGUUACGAUUCGGGGUGGCCGGUCCCUGUCUGAUCCGGGUACUUUCCAGGAAGAAAGGAGUGGUUCUAUUCCGAGUCCUUCGGUUCGGCCAGCUAGUUUUCAGCUAGUUCCGGGUCCACGUCCCGGUCCAGCUCCCCUUCAAGCUGGGACUGGGGCUAGGGCCAGCAUCGGGGUCGGGGCAUAUACCUCACACCUAGAGAGACCAGAAACACUCUCCACACGUCGAAGAUCAUCAGCCGGGGAAAAUACGUCUCGGGCUGCGUGGGCUUAUACCAAGUAUGCGAUGUUAUUUUUUAUUGCAUUGCUUGUGACAUGGGUCCCUUCAACACUUAAUAGGGUCUACGCUUUCGCUCGUCCAAAUGAUUUCUCUUUUGGUUUGAAUUUUGCUUCUAGUUUUGUGCUUCCGUUGCAGGGGUUUUGGAAUAGUGUUAUUUAUGUUUCUAUAUCUUGGCCGGCGUUUAAAACUAUUUGGAGGAAUUUUAAGUUCAGGGCAAGGCCGCCUGCUGUGGAAAUGGUUUCUAGAUAG